AUGAAUCACUUCAUUUCUGUUCAAAGUCCGCCAAGUAUCAAAUUUUUGACACCCUUUUUGAUAAGGGGUUUGGCUUUUACUGCUAAUUCAUAUCAAGCACAAGCGUCUACCAUUUACAAAGUUCCUAAACACAAAGUUCCUAAACACCGUAUACAGCAAAAGAUCGCUGCGAUCGAGAAAGAACGUCCUUUCAGUAAUUUUUUGACAGAUAAAUUCGAAAGACAACAUUCUUAUUUAAGAAUAUCACUGACAGAAAAAUGUACCUAUUGUAUGCCAGAAGAAGGUGUUGAUUUGACCCCUUCUCACAAACUUUUAUCCACAAAAGAAAUUGUACAUCUAGCGAAAUUAUUCGUUUCUCAAGGAAUUAAUAAAAUUAGAUUGACUGGUGGGGAACCAACCAUAAGAAAAGAUUUGGUUGAUUUAGUUGGUGAGUUGGGAGAACUAAAGCAGUAUGGUUUGCAAACACUAGCCAUAACUUCUAAUGGCAUAGCGUUAAAGCGAAAGCUACCUGAAUUGGUCAAAAAUGGGUUGAAUUUGUUGAACAUUAGCUUAGAUACGUUAGAUCCAUUAAAGUUUGAAUUAAUUACUCGAUUUGAACGUGUAAUGGAAACAAUUGAUCAGGGUAUUGCUCUUGGUCUUCGUCCCCUUAAACUUAAUUGUGUGGUUGUGCGAGGAGUAAAUGAUCAGGAAGUAUUAGACUUCAUUGAAAUGACUCGUACGAAGGCUAUAGAUGUAAGGUUUAUUGAAUAUAUGCCAUUUGAUGGUAACAAAUGGAAUAAGCAAAAACUUAUUCCAUAUAGCGAACUUUUAGAUAAUAUUCGAAAUAAGUACGAAGUUGUGAAACUGCUUGAUGAUGCGCAUGAUACUUCAAAGGCUUAUCGAGUAUUGGGUCAUGUUGGUCAAUUUGGGUUUAUUACAUCGAUGACGGACCAUUUUUGCGGGACUUGUAACAGACUAAGGAUUACUGCGGAUGGCAACUUAAAGGUAUGCUUAUUUGGAAAUGCUGAAGUAAGCUUGCGUGACUUAUUACGAGAGAACGUACCGGAUCAGCAACUAUUAGAAAUUAUCGGAGCGGCUGUAAAAAAUAAAAAGAAACAGCACGCAGAUUCGGUCAAUUACACGGACAGCAUCGAGCAGUUACAUUCAACGAAAGUAUCUUGGUAUAAAAAGAAGUAUUCCAUUAUGCCACUCAUUCAGCCCACAAUAUACUACCCACAUUACCUUUACAAAUUUGACAAAACUUUCAUUCCCUUCAAUUACGGUUUUCCUUCAUAUCCUUUUCAAUCCCGUGUUUACUCAUCAAAAAACAAAUCAGAAUGUUCACAAAUAUCACAAAAUACAUCAAUUACUGACACCCCCACACUCUCUCAUAUCGAUCCUUCAAGUGGAUGUGCUUCGAUGGUAAACAUAUCUGUUAAAGCCCCAACCACCCGUACCGCGACAGCGAGUGGAAAAGUACGAAUUGGUCGCGAAGCAUUUGAUCUGAUACAGGAAAACCUUAUGAAAAAAGGCGACGUAUUUACAGUUUCACAGAUUGCUGGAAUUAAUGCCGCCAAACAAACAGGACAUUUAAUUCCUUUAUGCCAUAAUUUAUUACUUUCUCAUGUUUCAGUUGAUUUAAAGUUAGAACAAGAUAAUUCAGUUGAGAUUAUAGCAAAAGUAGAAUGUGAUGGUAAGACUGGUGCAGAAAUGGAGGCACUAACUGCCGUUAGUAUCGCAGCAUUAACAGUGUUUGAUAUGUGUAAAUCUGUAAGUAAAGGUAUGGUAAUUGAGGAUGUAAAACUUUUAGAAAAAACUGGAGGAAAAAGCGGAAGCUGGAGAUUCAAGGAAACAAAAUAA